AUGUCUUUCGGCUGGUCUGCCGGAGACAUUGUCGCAGCUCUCCAACUGCUUAACAAAGUCCGCAUCGCUUUGAAAGACUCUGGAGGCUCCAAGACCGACUAUCAGGAUGCUACAUCAUUCCUUGACGAGUUGUCGACUACACUCCGCACUCUCGACAGCAUCCAGAUUACCUCUCCACACCCAGAGCUUCUGCAAGAUAUCAGCGACCACGUUGAACGUCUGCGAAAAGAGAUUGAUAUGUUUCUGAAGACCUUACAGAAUGACUAUGGGGGUUCACUUGGACCUUUCUCUACAUCCAGCAAACCCACAAUGUUACAACGCAAAAUCCAGUAUGGAAUGUCAACCUCGAAGAGGGUCCAAAGUCUACGCGCAAAGAUUGGCCCCGAGUUAUCAACGCUACAGAUUAAAUUAAUGAACCAGAUGUUGCUUGUUUUUGCCAAAUUACCAUCUGAUAUUCAGCGUCAGAUGGAACAUACCACGAAAGCGGCAUUGGAAUCGUACAGCCGCAACCCAGAAAUUAGAGCCAUUCUACAGACUUUCGAAUCCCAAGGAAUGAAGCUAGAUGGCUGCCUUGAACGAACUUUCGAGAUUCUGUGCAAUCUCGAAGUUGUGAGCACCGAGAUUCGGACACGAGACCGGCAGCAGGGGCAAGUACCUUCAGACCAACCGGAAUCACGGCCAUUGGCAGCACCAAAUACCCGAGAUAUCAUAGCCGAGGAUUGCCUUGAUAUGGAUGCUUUGUCUUCAAUCCUACAGGGCGGCCAGCAAGUCGCGGUUGGACUGAUCAGCAUUUUGAGAGCCGUGGUGUAA